AUGACUCUUCAACGUGAUUCUUGGGUUUUUGUUUUCGGACUCCUAGGUAAUAUCAUCUCCGUUAUGGUCUUCCUCGCCCCAUUACCAACAUUUUACCAAAUCUACAAGAAGAAAUCUACUCAAGGGUUUCAAUCAGUCCCUUAUGUUGUUGCAUUGCUUAGUGCAAUGCUUUGGAUCUAUUAUGCAAUUGUCAAAAGGGAACAUAGCUUUCUUCUCCUCACAAUUAAUUCAUUUGGACUUGUGGUGGAAUCGGUUUACCUUGCAAUUUUCCUAGUUUAUGCAUCAAAUAAAGUUAGGCUUUCAACCUUCAAGCUCAUUCUACUAUUAAAUGUAUUUGGAUUUGGAACAAUGCUUAUUUCAACCCUAUGUCUAACAAUGGGAUCCAAACGUCUUUCUAUUAUUGGAUGGAUUUGUCUUGUUUUCAACAUAACCGUAUUUGCUUCACCUCUAUGCAUUAUUAGACACGUAAUAAAGACUAAAAGUGUUGCCUACAUGCCACUUAGUUUGUCCUUCUUUUUGAGCUUAAAUGCUAUCAUGUGGUUCUUCUAUGGUUUUCUCAUCAAAGACUAUUACAUUGCUCUUCCAAAUACACUUGGAUUUGUAUUCGGUAUAGUUCAAAUGGUGAUGUAUUUGAUUUAUAGAAACUCAACUCAAGUGAUGGUACAAGAAAAACCAACCAAGUUACGUGAACAAAAUGGUCAUAUUAUUGAUGUUGUGAAGAUCAUUGACACAAAUCAAGGGGACAAUAGUGGUGUUCUUCCUGUAUCAACUAUAUGUGAGGAUCCAAAUAGUGAAAAAUAA